UUUGGAAAAAAAUUCAGGCUGGACAAAUACCUCUACAACUACUUGGUUAAAAAGGGGCUGCAUGUGACUGCUGAAAUAUUCGCCAUUGAAGCUAAUGUUGUGAAUCCCGAUACCGUUGCUAUUGAAUCCCCGGAGGGAUUGCUAAUGGAAUGGUGGGAUGUGUUCUAUGAGAAGUUCAGCUCUAAUCAGGCCAAGCGUGCCCAAGAGCCAUAUUCUGAGGCUGCACAGGCUAUUGACAAUGUGGAGUAUCCUAUCCCAUUUGCUUCGCCAACAUCUUUUCCUCAUUCUGCUAGACCAGCGCACAAUAUAUCUCCUCUGGUUCCGGCCUUCCACCUGAGGGCACCUGAGGACGAAGCACUGUUUGAUUUAAGGUUUCCUGAGAUGGAUCAUCCGAGUCCGAGUCAAAGUCAGAGGGUUCCAAUUGUAACUGAUUCUAGCCACCUGAUGGAGUAGAUUUCAAAUAACGCCUCAACAGUGGGAGGCCAAAGAUGAGGGAGAGGGAAAGUAAAAGAGGAAGAGGAUCAGUGAGUUGAUAAAGGGGAAAACGAAUGUUAAAUAGGAGAAUAAGGCUCGCCAACAAGUAUGUAAUCAAGGAUGGAGCUUAUCUGUCAGAGCCUGAAUUUUUUAGUAGAGCUGAAAAGUCAACUUAAUCUGCACGUUGAUUAUAGUAUUCAGUUCAGGUUCAUCUUUAAGUUCGUUUAUUCUGUUUUUUGUUCUCAGGGAGUUGGCAUUGCGGCCCCUUCCAUUGACUAUCAAUUGUCAAGUCCCAGUUUAUGAGUAUCAAAUCAAAAGAAACAAUUUUCUAAACUUCAUCCUGUCCUCAGCAUGAUGUUUUACCUAAAGUGGCCUGGCAGCUCAACCUUUUGAGCGCACAUUUUCUGCCCUUGCAAAUUUUAAUGAUUUCAACAGUGAUAUGCUUAUGCAUGCUGACUUAAGUGAAGAACAUGCCAGAAUAAGUUGAAUACUCAUAAGUGAUCCCGUGAUCUUAACACUUAGCAGUUGUUUUGAUUACAAUAUCAAGUUGUGAAUUUGUUUCCAGAACAUUUUUGGUCAUUGAGAUAUCUUUCGGCAACUUCCUGCAUGAUCUUAUCAGUAUUCAAGGAAGAAAUUCAACUUAAAAUUCUAAUGUGAAAUGUGAGAGCCUUAUGUAGGAUUAUGGAAAAAGUGGAACUCUUCAUGGUGAAGAUUUACAUAAGUUUUCAGCAUAAACAAAAACUUUGGUGAUAGGCAGGCGAAAGGAGAAAUUAAGGAUUUUUUCUUUUCUCAUACUAGAUAGUGGGCACAACGGGGUUCAUCUCAACUCUCUUUGCUGGAAAAUAUACUUUUUUUAAUGUUUAUAUUGAUAUUGAAUUCCUUUGCUUCUUUGUGUCCUUACUUCUUGAUAUUUUAAAAUCUUUUAUUGAAAAUCCUGGCUCUACCACCGUCUUGUAGUUGUUCAGAAAAUGAGGCAAUGCAUGGAAGAUUCUAAAGAACUAAGAACAAUGUUAAGAAUGAAGUCUUUUGGAUGUAAUGUCUAUUCUCCAAGGCUGUCUCUCGUGUUUGCUUCUCUUCCUCCCCCACUUAUUUCGAGGGGUAUCAUGCAUCGGACAAAUAUAAAAGAAAAUCGGACUAUGAUAAAGGUUUCAACAACGAUUGGACUGUGACAGAUGCAGGGGAUAGGAUCGUCGAGAUGACCGAGAAAUCUAAAAUACGCAUGGAAGAUCCAUGACAAAAACUGCAAAGAAAAUUGAAGAAGAAAUCAGAGACUAGUACUGCAGAUAAAGUACAAAAAGAAAGCCCAUGAUGUGAAGACAAUGACUAAAGACAUGAUGGAUUCUACAAAGGCUUGAAAAGUGCAUCUAUGAUUACUUGGUUAAGAAGGGGAUGCGUGAGUCUGCAGAGGCAUUCGCGAGUGAAGUUGAUCUUGAAAUUCCCACAGAUGAUGCUCCAAAAUCUCCGGGGUCAUUUCUCGCGGACUGGUGGAAUGUGUUCUUUGAUAUUCUCAUCUCUAAUCAGUCCGCCCAAGAUCCUUAUGCUGAGGCUGCACGUACUAUGGACAAUGUGGUACCUCAAGUCCCUUAUGCUGUGCCAGCAUCUUCUUCUCAUUCUUUUACACCAGCACAUAAUAUAUCUCUUGUGGUGCCGGCAUUUACUCCUGAGGGAUCACAAGAGCCAUACCAUCUGAGGAUGCCUGAGGACGAAGUGAUACCUAAGUUAAGAUUUCUUGAUGUGGAUCGUCCGAGUCAGGGGGCGGCGUUUGUAACUGAUUCUAGCCGCCUGAUGGAGCAAAUUCCAAAUAUGCCUCAACUGUGGGAGGCCAAAGAUGAGGGAGAGGGACAAGGCAUUUACUUUGACCAAACUAUGCAGAUGGAACCAAAUGCCGAUACUCCUGAAAAGGUUAUGCUUCAGGUGCCAGAUCCUUCUGAAGCAGGCUCUUCUACUGGCUCCUGCUCUGGGAUGCAGCAAACUCCCUAAUCAAAUCAAAAUCUCUUGAUUUCCUGAUCUUCCUCUUGGCAUGGAAUUAAGAAGGCUAAACAAGUGCAUCUAUGAUUACCUUGUUAAGAGGGGGAUGCGUGAGACUGCCGAUAUAUUCGCGCGUGAAGUCGGUGAUGGAAAUCCCAUAGAUGUUG